GAAAUAUACUGAAUUUCACUCACGUGUUUCAGGUCUUAUUCCUAUAUUUUCGAUUUAAGUUGUCGGAUUAGUACACUAGACAAAUAAUAUACUCAGGGAUAGUAGACUGAAUACAUAUUGUUUCUUUUCUCUUAUUUGUUUUGUCAUGAGAAAGGAAUAGAAUUUUAAAAACAUGCCCCAAGGAAUAGAGCAGACUUUUUGCAUUGUUGGAGCUUGUGAAAAUGUUCAAGUUUGGAAUUUAAAAACUUCCACUAAAAUUGCCACUUUUAAUGGAAAUAAGCAAGUUACAAAAAUUUGUGUCCAGCCAUCUAGAACAUCAUCUAAAGUGAUUGCAGUUGGAUACGCAAAUGGUGAUAUAAAGCUAUUUAAUUUAAGUACGGGAGAAACUACAGUCAGUUUCGAAGGACACAAAUCUGAAAUUACGAGCUUGGAAUUCGAUCAUGAUGGAAUGAGAUUAGUUUCUGGUUCGCUGGAUACAAAUGUCAUUGUCUGGGACGUGGCAGUAAAUCAGUUUAUUUUUCCUCCUCCAGGUCAUAAGGCGGCUGUUACUAAAGUGCUGUUCCUUAAAGACUUCGAUGUAGUUGUGAGUUGUUCUAAGGACAGCUUUGUAAAAUUUUGGGACCUGACAACGCAACACUGUUUUAAAACUUUGGUAGAUCAUAGAUCGGAAGUAUGGGACAUGGAACUCUUUGGCCAUUUGAUUGUUACUGGUAGUUCGGAUUCAGAACUAAGAAUAUUUAGGAUUACAGGAGUUAACGAAGAACAAGACAAUAAUGAAAUGUCAGUGUCAGCUGAAAAGAAGAUAAAGUUAUUAGAAGGAAAUGAAGAUGCUGAUGAAAAUAUUAUACUAAACGCGGAAAAUAUUGGCAGUGUACUUAGAGAAAGUACGUCUCGAGUUGAUUCUAUAGUUACAGACUCUACAAACAGAGUGCUAUGCGUUCACGGUACCGACUCGCAUUUAGAAAUAUUUAGAAUAAAUACCGACGCUGAAGUCAAUUUGGUUAAAGAUAAGCGUGUUAAAAAGGAGAAGAAGCGCUCAGCCGAAGAAAGCGAAAUAGAAGCUGCAUCAAAAAUCAGGCCUACAGAUAGACUGAGAAGAAUACUAAACCAGAAAUUAGGAUCUAAAAUAAAAUCUUGUGAUUUAGCUUUAUCUAAAUCUAAAGAUGGCGAGCAAGCAAAAAUAGUCUGCUCUUUAGCCGAUAACAGCCUCGUGUCUUUCGUUGUUACCCUCAAGGAUGGAAAUUUCUCAAAUGAAAUGAAAGUUACUUUUGAAGGUCAUAGAGCUGAACCGAAAAGUUUGGCUUUCAGUUCUGAUUCAACGUCAAUUUUAUCCGCUUCAAGUGAUUCUAUAAAACUAUGGAAUCGAUCGAGCAUGACUAGUUUGAGAAAUAUGCAAUGUGAACUGGCCGUAUGCAGUAUAUUUGGACCUAAUGACAGACAAGUCUUGGCUGGUACAAAGAAGGGACUUAUUCUUAUAUUUGAUAUUGGCAGCAGCGAAUUAAUCGAAAAAGUGGAAGCUCAUGAGAGUUCAGUUACGUCACUGUGCUCCAGACCAGAUUUACUGGGUCUUGUCUCCGGUAGUGAGGAUAAAACAGUAAAAUUUUGGGAUUAUGAACAGAAAGGGCGAUAUAUUACUAUUAUUCAUAAGAAAACUUUAGAUUUACCCGAUGGUGUUGUUUGCACAAAGUACAGUCACGAUGCUAAAUACAUAGCUGUAGCUCUUUUAGAUUUUACUGUUAAAGUAUUCUUUACGAAUUCUUUCAAAGUGCAUUUAAAAUUAUAUGGGCACAAGUUACCAGUUGUUUCUCUCGAUAUUUCUAGUGACAAUAAAUUAUUCAUAACGGCCUCUACUGAUCGUAACAUAAAAAUAUGGGAUGGACAUUUCGGAAAUUGCCUCAAGUCAAUCUUUGCUCAUGAUGAGGGUGUAUCUGCUGUUGUUUUCGUACCAAAACGUCAUUACUUUUUCUCAUGUGGAAAAGAUGGAACUAUAAAAGAGUGGGACGGUGAUAAAUUCAAUCUAAUACAAACUAUGAGAGGCCACUUUGCUCGAGUUUCCGAUUUAGCAAUAUCGGAAUCCGGAAAUAUGUUAGUUUCCUGCAGUCAGGACAGAUCAAUUAGGUUAUGGGAAAAGAGCGAUGAACCGCUAGUUUUGAGCGAUGAAAUGGAAAGGGAACGUGAGAGAAAAGAGGAGGAGGAAGAGAUAAACGAAGGGCAAACAGUUGUCCCUGGGGAGGGCGAUGAGGAAGCCGCUUUACCCUCUAAAAGAACCAUUAAAACUGUAUGUGCGAGUGAAAGAAUAAUCGAAAGCUUAGAUAUCUAUGACGAAGAAAUAAUAAAGGCUAAACAGCACGACCACGACUGCAGAGUAUCAAAGAAAAAGUUAAUUAAACCUGAGGCACAUCCAAUGUUGCGCGCAUUAAAUAUUUCUCAGCCUCUGGAGUAUGUUCGAUAUGUCAUUUGCAAUGUUAAGUCGAGCGAACUGGAAGACAGUUUAUUGGUCCUAUCAUUCCCAAUAGUAAUGAGAUUAUUACCACUUUUGGGAGAAUUAAUUAAGACAGGAGACGAAGUUGAGCGUUUAUAUAGAUGUUUAUUAUUUCUACUACGAAUUCACCACGGUAAGAUAACAACUAGCCCUCAAAUGAUGGGUAUUUUGGAUUCCAUACUAAAAGUGGAAAAGAAUAAAUUACCUGAACUAAAAGACAUAAUUGGAUUCAAUAUGGCUGGUAUUCAAACGUUAAAAAGAAUAAUAGAAGAAAAAGAAGAGACAAAAUUCUUCACAGACAUCGUCAGCAAACAUAAAAAGAGAAGCAAACAAAAGAAAAAGUCUAGAUUAGCUGUUAAAACCUAA